AUGCUGCGGCGAGCGCGGCUGGGUCUCCGGCAGGUGCUGAGUCUGAUGGCCCGGAGACCGGCUCUUCUGUGUGGGGCCAUCGUGCUCGGAGUUCUGCUAGUACUGGCCGUUAAAUUCACAUGCAGUCGUGCUAAGGACGUGGUGGCAGCAGCUAAACCACCACUACGCUUCUUCUCCCCCGACUCCCCUGUAGUGGACCUCUAUUUGGGUCAACUUGACCAGAUUGAGCGUCUCAGGAGUGUGGCUGAGGUGUCUUUUGUUUUCUUCUACGCGCCUUGGUGCGCCCACUCCAUCGCUGCCAGACAAGAAGUCCAGCUGGUAGCCAAAAAACUGGCUAAACAGGUGUUGUUUGUGGCCAUAAACUGUUGGUGGAGUCAAGGGAGGUGCAGGAGGCUUAAUCGCUUCCACCAAUAUCCCACCAUCCACCUCUUUUAUCGACGAUUCGGGCCUAUCGAGUACAAAGGUCCAUUCGUGGCAGCGUACGUGGAAAGUUUCAUCCUUCGAGUGAUCACGCCGCUCACGUAUCUCCCAUCAAGAGAUGCACUGCAGGAGUUCCUCUCCUGUCACGAGCCGCGGGUGGUAGGCUUCUUCCAGUUUAACACUUCGCCUCAGCCGCCUGGCUACGUCACGUAUUUGACCUCGGCGCUGCAGGCCCUAAAGAGAGAUUUCCAUGGCGUCAUCCGGUUCGGGGUGGUCACCAAUAGACAGGUAGCGGAUGCCAUCUUACUCGAAGAGGAUGAAAGCGUCUACCUUCACAGAAGAUUUAACUCUUCUUUGAUUUUCCCACGUUGGGAGCGCAACUUUACCUCCCGCGCUGUAUGCAGCUGGGUGUUCGAGCACCACGAAAACGUUCUGCAUUGGUUGCAGCCACCAGGGACUAAGUCACGCCUGCUGGAGAAGGAACUGAACAAGGGGGCGGCACUGUUGCUUUUCCUGCCGCACAAUCCCCUCGUCUCGGAGCCACAUGGCCUCCUGCAGCAGGUCGCAGACGUGGCUUUACGUUAUCACACCUGCGACGCCCACAACAAACACUCGACAUCCGUUUCGGGGUGUUGCCACUCCGUGCCCAUGCCCGACUCCAACCUGCGGUGCGAGGUCUGCUCGUUGGCACGUUGUGCGACGCCACCGUCCGCACGCAAACGCUGCUGCCUUCACCUCCACUGUAGCAGUUUCCUGCUCAACUACAACCAACUGAGCCAACACAGUGCCUGCUGCUGGAAACUCCGUCCUCAGCUUGACAACACACAAACCAAAGAGGCCUGUCUGCAAAACUCCUCGUCAUUGCCUGACGGACUUAAAGGGCUUCGCUGUCAGACAAACAAAACGCUCAGGUUCUACGUGCUGGACAUGGACCUCAACUGGCCACUUGCAGUGAGGCUGGGGGCACCGAAAAACGGAAACUCCUCUUGGCAGCAAAGCUGGAAAGCGCAAGUGCAAGGUGACGGUUCCUUCGCAGCCAUCGUGAAUCUGAAGGAUGAGGUGCAUUACGUACUUCAGCGCAACCCCGCCGCCACUCUCAUUGAGUCUUUAGAGGCUUUCAUUAGGAACUUCAGCGCCCCCUACAGCUUCCUGCAAAGACACUUAGUAGGUGAGGACCCACAAGAGCGUCAAACCACAAGUCCUAACCUACAACCGGAGAUUCCCCAACCGCUUAUCACAGAGCUAACCACAUCCUCGUUCCUGCCUUGUGUUAUGGAUCUUGAAAAGGAUGUUCUGCUUUUUUACUACACGCAGUGGUGCGGCUUCUGUUCCGUCCUUAACCACGUCCUCAUCCAGUUGGCUCGAUUGAUGCAGCGUGACACUAGCGUCACUGUCGCCAGGGUGAAUGUUGCACGUAACGACCUCCCGUGGGAGUUCAUGGUGGAUCGUGUUCCCACCAUUCUUUUCUUCCCACGAUACAGAAAACAACUUAGCGUGAAAUUUCCGGACAAUCUUCCCAUCACUCUUCCGAACCUCCUCCGCUUCAUCCUCAAGCAUUCCGGUUCACCUCCCGAUAUGACGGACGCUCCGGGACGAAGUGGCGGCGGCGCCGUCCUCCGCGCCGAGCUGGAAAGUCUCCAGCGCGAGGUAUGGAUGUUACACCACGCUCGCGAGCUGCUUUCCCAGCAACUGGCGCAGCUUUGGCGCGACAAUAGACAGCUGCGCUCGGACGCUCGCGGAUUAGCGGCGCAGAACGCCGAGCUGCUUAAGGAGCGCCGCGACCUGGAGGAACAGCGGCGGGAAAAGAGCCGGCAGCUGGGCGAGGCGCUGCGGCGGCUGCGGGAGCUGGCCGACGCCUCUGAGAACCUGCUCAAUCAAAACGCGCUGCUUAAAAUCGUUCUCAAGGCCUUGAGGGAAAGCGCCGAAGCCCAAGUGGCAGAAAAAGGUGAACCGGAGGAGGCGGAAAAGGAUGGAAGCCAUUUAGCCUCCUGA